CAACACAUCCUCAUCCUACCGGGGAACCCGCAUGAAUGGAUGGAUCAGCCUGCCCGCCAAAUCACGUCGCACUGCUGCUUGUUUUCUUCAAUUACUGAAAACAAUCCUACACCUCUUUUCCUUCCCCUUACUGCCUCAGACCUCCGACCUUAGAUCUCAAUUCAAGGUAAUUCGACUUCGAUAGACGUGCUUGCCUCUUGGCCUCACCAACACCCGCCAACAAUGAACCGCACCGCUCGCUGACAACAUGCUCCUCCUACAUCAAGUAGGCAGCGUCAAGAUUGGCGAGGUUGUGCGUUAUACCGUCUCCUACACACCCUCGCGUGAUCGCAUCCUUCCAUCGCCCGACGUCCUCCAUCUCCGUGUUCGGAAUACCUCGCCACUGCCUCUGCGCGCCGCUUUCGUCCAUGGUCCCUAUACUUUGAGCGUGUCCGCCUACCCUUCUCACUAUGAUCCGAAUACCAAGUUCGAGAACCCCCGUCGCUAUGGCAUCCCCGAGUUUGAGCCCAUGCUCAAGGCUGCCGGUACCUGGUCCUGCCAGUUGACUGUGCCCGACAACAUCCACCAGCAUGCCGGAAUGGGUGCAGCUAGAGGUGAUUUCGCCAACAGUACAGUUGAAGGCGGCGAGGAUGGGAGUGCGAGCUGGAUCGUCGAAAUUUCUUCCCAGGUCAUCUUCUCGUCCAGCGCCAGUGUUGGUUUCGAGAUAUUGCUUGCGCGUGACGAGAAGAGUCUAAGCUUAGGCGGCACCGCCGUUGUCAAGGGCCAGACGCACAUCCAGCCGCCAGGCAAAGUCAGCGACUUUCAGCAGAGCCCCGAGUCCAAAGAGGCGCGCAGUCCAGUACAGUUGAAAGGCGUCUUUUCAAGAGCUAUAGACCUAAAGGUGGAUGAUACAGCCAGUCUAUGGAAUACGCCGAAGCUCCCUGGCUGGGAUGACUGCGAUCAUGGGAAGUCCAAGGCCCCAGGAAACAGUACUACAGUCGAAGGCUUUUCCAAUUCCACCGUGCAGGAAGCAGACUCCAAUAAAGCGCAACGACCGAAAAACGUCCAUCUCGUAGUUUUGACGCACGGAUUGCAUAGUAAUCUUGGUGCAGAUAUGUUAUACUUGAAGGAAAGUAUCGACGCGACGGCAAGGCAAGCCAAAGUCGACGCCAAGAUAAGGAAGGCUCGAGAGAAAGCUAGCCAAACUAUUGAUCAAAAUGGAUGUCAAUCGGGACCACCAGUAGACGAUGAGGACGGGAUUGAUGAUUCUGACGAAGAAGUCAUAGUUCGAGGUUUUUCUGGAAACGCUACACGCACGGAACGAGGUAUCAAGUUUCUUGGGAAGCGCUUAGCACGCUAUAUCCUUUCGAUGACCUUUCCGGAUCAACCUUUUCUUCCUGCCUCAAAAAAGGCUGCAGAUCAAAUAACUAGCGCAAAGGAUCAUCAUAGUCGGCAACCAGCUCUCACACAUAGUACUUCAACCACAAGCCGCCAUAACCAGAACGAACGAACAUUUCGAAUAACCAGUAUCAGUUUAAUUGGACACUCGCUUGGAGGCCUUGUUCAGACCUAUGCCGUUGCUUAUAUCCAGAAACACUCUCCUCAGUUCUUCGAACUCAUACGGCCCAUCAAUUUUAUCGCUCUCGCUACGCCAUUUCUCGGCCUCAGCAACGAGAAUCCCUUGUAUGUCAAGUUUGCGCUAGACUUUGGCCUGGUGGGAAGAACUGGUCAAGAUGUAGGGUUAACGUGGAGAGCACCAACUAUUGCUAGAAGUGGCUGGGGAGCAAUUGUUGGGACUCUCGGAGAGAAUGCACAUAAGAGGGUUAUGGGCGAAUCGCAACCAGAAUCAAAGCCACUACUAAGGAUACUGCCGACUGGCCCAGCACAUGUGGCACUCAAAAAGUUUCGUAAUCGAACCGUCUACUCCAAUGUAGUAAAUGAUGGUAUCGUACCUCUACGCACAAGCUGCCUGCUAUUCCUUGACUGGCAAGGUCUUGAUCGGGUCGAGAAAGCUCGACGAGAAGCCGGUCUGGUAGAAACAGUUGUCGGAUUUGGGUGGGCAGAAUUAACCGGCGCCGGUAUGUCAUCUCGGAAAGGCCUCUGGAAUCCAGAUGCAGAAGAGACAUCAUCAUUGGUAACACCCCCCUCCAACCCCGGGACCCCUCACGACAACUCCCAUGAAGUACCUCAGCCAGCUAGCAACGCUACCGUUGAUGACGAUAGACGCAGCUUGAACCUUGCACCUUCACGGAAUAUGGAAGUGGAGCUAGGUCAAACCACAACCGCCAGCAGUGACUCUCCAUUUUCCGGGUUCUUCAACCUCUUCAAGGGACAUAAUCAAUCAAAGACCCAAGCCUCAAACUCAUCAUCCUCAAGAUCUCCCAAGGAGAACAAAAUCUACAAGCGUAGUCAAACGUUGAACUUCGAUGAUGCGGCAAGCAACUCGGCAUCUUCAAGUAGAACAAAGGUUUCAUCAGGUCAGGAACUGGACGACAGCCAGAAUAACACUACAACUGCGCCACCUCGAACGAGUUUCUUUGAAUCAGCAGGUGAUCUUCUCAACCCAAAGUUACCCUCUGUAGAAUUCUUGCUAGAUCCAUCGAAGCGCCCACGCACAAUUUUCCAUGACCGAAUCUAUCAUCCGUCCGAUAUUCCCCCGCCACCACUAAAGAAACGACAAACCGGUACACUAAUGAUUCAUAGAAGGAGUACAACCCGUGGCAGUAAUCUAUCACCCAAGAGCCAAAGUACCUUGGGAAGCUCAUCGAUAGAACAUCAUAAUGCUGGCGUGAAACAUCAAGACACAACUCUAUCUACUCAUGAUUAUGAUGAUCGUCUACAUACCGACCCCGAGAGAGAACCAGACGAAGUUAUUGACAGCUCGAGUAUGAAAGUCGAAGAGAAAAUUGCUAGAGCCUACCACCGUGAUCUUAGUUGGCGCAAGGUUCUAGUCAACUUAGAACCCGAUGCGCACAAUAACAUUAUUGUGCGCCGCACUUUCGCCAAUGCUUUUGGGUGGCCUGUUGUGAAACAUUUGGUCGAUGCCCAUUUCAGUGACUCUGCUGCUGCCCGUACUCGGGAUAAUUUGGAAAGCAACGCCGAACAAGCAAAGGCGCUGGACGAGGGGCCAGAUGAGACCGGCACCGAAACGAAAGAAGGUGGUCAGCAGGACACCGCCAAGUCUCGUGAUAACAGUAGUAGUCGAUCUCAAGAUUCCACUCAGACGGUGACCGGCAAUAAAGACCCUACGUCUCAAUCUACAACCCAUCGGCGCUCUACAAGUGAAGCCCGCGAAGCCACAGAUACCGUACCAGACCUGCCAACUUCUCAGGAUAGUAAAUCGCAGACAUCGCACAGCUACAGAGGAUCACCGUCGCGGGUUCCCCUUGAGACAGUCGAUCCGGGCACCUGGAGUGAUCGCGACUUUGCUGACAGUGAAGACGAGAGUGAAUUCGAUAUGGACAUGGUUUAUGGCCGGCACGCGAAUCACAAACAGCAGCCCGAACCUAGUGAGGACAGUGAGCAAGACCAAAGUACUAGCCCCGUAUGGAACUGGACCGAAAAGAUUGUUGGCAAAGGCGCCACACAGAAAAGGAAGGAGAACGCCGGUCAAAUUUCAGCCGCUCCGACGUCACCGAAGCCUAACCCAUAAUGACGCCGCAUCAGACGUAUACAAAGCGGUAUUCAAGGCGAAGAUUUUCCCAGUUACUUGUUUUUUUCGUAAAUAGACGACAGAGUACAGUACAUAUUCCACAUCGGUUGAUAGUUCCUUAGAAAGCAUAGCGGUCAGGUUUUGGAUAGACGGCGCGCUUCACCAUGUAGAUGUGGACUUCCUCAGAGCAAUGCUACAUAUGUAUAAUUAGACCUGGUCAUAGUAUGAAAGGGUCGUUGUGCUAGAAUCUUACUAGUUACGAGCCACGAUCAAUACCCCUAAGACUAUUUGCUAUGCUUAUCUACCUCAUCAGCGUGAACAGGAUUUCCAGUGCCUGUAUCAAGUUCAAAA